CCUGCAGUGACCGGAAAAAGUCAGACAUUUAAUCUGAGCUGUGAGGUCUAUGCAUCAUCUUCUGCGUCUCAGUGUUAUUUUUACUUCAUGGGAGAUCAGAGCAUUACACGCACCUCUGCAUCAUGCCAGCUCUCUCUCACAGGGGAGCAGAUAGCUCAGCUGACCGGCCAAGAACUCUAUUCACCAACUGAUGUCAGGUGUUUCUACACCAUCUCUGGUGUUUCCUAUCCCUCUGAUCACUCUUCCUCUGUUUCAGUGGACAAAUUACCCGUCAUCAGCGUGAAUGACCAGGCUGCAGAUGGCCACACCAUGAUUAUGUGUGAAAUCUACAGGCAUUCUAUUGAUGUCAUCAGUUGUAAUCUCUUCAUAGCAGAGCACUUGUUUAGUAAAAGUACGAGUAAAAAAUCAAAUAAAAAAGAUGGACAUUCUAACUGCAUUUUUUAUGUAAGCAGAGCAGAUCUACUGAAGCAUCUGCAGUCAGCUAGAGCUGAGGGGGUCAGCUGUAAUUACACAGUGAACACAAAGCCCCCAACCCAUUCUCCACGCAGUGCCAAAUACAUCAUCCCAGGAUUUCCACCUACAACAAAGAAGCCACAGACAACAUCUGAUCCUGCAUCACAGGUAGACGCCACAGUGAGCCCAACAUGUACUUCAAAUACUGAAAACAGUGAAGCUGUAACACCAGAAAAAAAUGAAGCUGCAACACAAGUGCCACUGUUGAUCAUAUUGGUGGUUGCUCCCAGCAUAUUGGUGAUUGGACUCUUAGCCUGUGUUCUCUGGAGAUUCCAGAGAUCAAAUCCACAGCGAUCAAAGCAUAACUCAAACAUAAUCCGACAGCACCAACACGUGGAAAUGGUACCCAUACCUGUGAGCAGUACACUAACAGUUGCUGAUGACCCUGCUGGAACCUGCACCAUGAUCUCCACAGUGCCUCCAGCUUCAGAUGAAGAAAAAGGGGAUGAACAGGAUGUUUCAAACCCAUAUCAUGUCUACAGCUCCAUAUCUGACAUGCCAAGUGUCACCAACCAAAGGGACCAGACCUACAGCCUGCAGCAGGACCACAGGAGUGGGGUAACACAGAACAUGACCUACAGCCUGCUGCAGAUGCCCUGAUACAGCUGCUGUGCAGUAGGAAACAUUAGCCAUGCACUGCUACUAUAAUACAUCUCAUGGAAUUUCAUUUUGAGAUCAAUUUAGCUGAUAAUAACCACCAAAAUGUGAAGUUGGUUGUAUCACGUGUUAAAUUCACAAAAGAAGCUAAAGAGAAAAAAAAGCUAAAUAUGUCUUCAACUUUUUACUAUGGAUUUUGCUGUGUAUGGCUGUUUAUUGUUUUUGAUUGUGUCACAAAAGUUUGGGUAUGAUAUCACACAAUUUCUGAAAAAUCACUCAAACAGCAAAACCCUAUGCACAAUCAGCAAAACGUUAAGCUAAUUAUAAGCCUUUUGAAUAUCAUAAAGCCCUUUCUGUGAAACAGGCCUUUGUAUUUCUUAAAGACACUGCCCCACAAAGUUUAGGGUUUCAUUUUGCUGAUUUGUUUUGCAUUUUGUUUGUGAAGUUUUGUGAAUUGUCAGUAGAGUUUGAACCAUAGUUCAAACAAAAUGAGCCAUAGUUUUGAAAAUGUGUGUUAAGUUGUAAAAACUGUAGAUGGUUUUACUUAAACUUUGGUAUUUUACUUGGUAAACUUUGGCUUUGGCUACUUUUAGCACCUACCUUUGCAGUAUGGCCGAAGAAUGCAUUGCAUCAUAUAACGUUUUUGUUAUUGCUUGAUAUUGUAUGAUACUGUUACUUAUAAU